AUUGAAGAAAGUCCAUCUCUGAGACGUAUGACUAUGAUGAGGGAAAAGGGAAGGCGCCAGGCCAUUAGAGGCCCAGCAUUCAUGUUCAACAACAGGGGCACCAGUCUUACGGCUGAAGAAGAGCGCUUUCUAGAUGCAGCAGAGUAUGGGAACAUACCUGUGGUGCGCAAAAUGCUGGAGGAGUCGAAAACGCUGAAUGUCAACUGUGUUGACUACAUGGGUCAAAACGCCUUGCAGCUUGCUGUAGGGAAUGAACAUUUGGAAGUGACAGAACUUCUGUUAAAAAAAGAGAACUUGGCACGGAUUGGAGAUGCCCUGCUGCUCGCAAUCAGCAAGGGCUACAUUAGGAUAGUGGAAGCAAUUUUGAAUCAUCCUGGGUUUUCAGUAAAUAAGCGACUGACUCUGAGCCCUUGUGAGCAGGAGCUCCAGGAUGAUGAUUUUUAUUCCUAUGAUGAAGACGGUACCCGCUUUUCUCCAGAUAUCACUCCCAUAAUUUUAGCUGCCCACUGCCAAAAAUACGAAGUCGUGCACAUGCUGUUGAUGAAGGGAGCAAGGAUAGAAAGACCUCAUGAUUAUUUCUGCAAAUGUAAUGACUGUACAGAGAAGCAAAAGCAUGAUUCUUUCAGUCACUCUAGGUCAAGAAUAAAUGCAUACAAAGGACUGGCUAGUCCGGCUUAUCUGUCCCUCUCCAGUGAAGAUCCAGUACUCACUGCUCUAGAACUCAGCAAUGAACUUGCCAAGUUGGCCAACAUUGAAAAAGAAUUCAAGAAUGACUACCGCAAGCUGUCUAUGCAGUGCAAGGAUUUUGUGGUUGGUGUUCUUGAUCUCUGCCGAGACUCGGAAGAAGUGGAGGCCAUUCUGAACGGGGAUUUAAACUCUGAGCCAGUUGAAGCACAGAGGCACAGAGCAUCACUGAGCCGUGUGAAGCUGGCCAUUAAGUAUGAAGUCAAAAAGUUUGUGGCCCAUCCAAACUGUCAGCAACAGCUACUGACUAUCUGGUAUGAAAAUCUCUCAGGAUUACGGGAGCAGACCAUAGCUAUCAAGUGUCUGGUUGUGCUGGUUGUGGCAUUGGGCCUACCAUUUCUAGCCAUUGGUUAUUGGAUUGCACCAUGUAGCAGGCUUGGAAGAAUUCUUCGAAGCCCAUUUAUGAAAUUUGUGGCACAUGCAGCAUCCUUCAUUAUUUUCCUAGGCCUGCUGGUGUUCAAUGCCUCAGACAGAUUUGAAGGUAUAACAACGCUACCGAAUGUCACAGUUACUGAUUACCCUAAGCAGAUCUUUAGGGUGAAGACUACCCAGUUCACCUGGACAGAAAUGCUGAUCAUGGUAUGGGUACUUGGUAUGAUGUGGUCAGAAUGCAAAGAGCUGUGGCUGGAAGGACCCAGGGAGUAUAUUUUGCAGUUAUGGAAUGUUUUGGAUUUUGGGAUGCUGUCCAUUUUCAUUGCCGCUUUCACAGCGAGGCUUUAAAAACUGGUAUUCCUGCAGGCCACAAAAGCACAGCAAUAUGUGGACAACUACAUUGAGGAGAAUGACCUCUCUGAGGUCACGCUUCCUCCAGAAAUAGAGUAUUUUACUUACGCUAGAGAUAAAUGGCUCCCAUCUGAUCCUCAGAUAAUAUCUGAAGGCCUUUAUGCAAUUGCUGUCGUUCUUAGCUUUUCUCGGAUUGCAUAUAUCCUGCCUGCAAAUGAGAGUUUUGGACCCUUGCAGAUUUCACUUGGAAGGACUGUUAAGGACAUCUUCAAGUUCAUGGUCCUUUUUAUUAUGGUAUUUCUUGCAUUUAUGAUUGGAAUGUUCAUACUGUAUUCCUACUACCUUGGAGCUAAACUAAACCCAGCCUUUACAACAGUGGAAGAAAGUUUCAAGACCUUAUUUUGGUCAAUAUUUGGCUUGUCUGAAGUAACCUCUGUUGUCCUCAAAUAUGAUCAUAAGUUCAUAGAGAACAUCGGUUAUGUUCUUUAUGGCAUAUACAAUGUAACGAUGGUGGUAGUUCUGCUCAACAUGCUGAUUGCUAUGAUCAACAGUUCAUAUCAAGAAAUUGAGGAUGACAGUGAUGUAGAGUGGAAGUUCGCUCGUUCUAAACUCUGGUUAUCGUAUUUUGAUGAUGGAAAAACAUUACCUCCACCGUUCAGUCUUGUACCAAGUCCCAAAUCUUUUUUCUACUUCAUCAUGAGGAUCAUUAACUUUUCUAAGUGCAGGAGGAGACGGCUACAGAAGGACAUUGAAAUGGGAAUCGGCAAUUCCAAGUCUAGGUUAAACCUUUUCACUCAGUCGAACUCCAGAGUUUUUGAAUCACACAGUUUUAACAGCAUUCUCAAUCAGCCGACACGUUAUCAGCAAAUAAUGAAAAGACUGAUAAAACGUUAUGUUCUGAAAGCACAAGUGGACAAAGAAAAUGAUGAAGUAAAUGAAGGUGAACUAAAGGAAAUCAAACAGGAUAUCUCCAGUCUUCGCUACGAACUUUUGGAGGAUAAGUCCCAAGCAACAGAAGAGUUAGCAAUUUUAAUACAUAAACUCAGUGAGAAACUAAAUCCUAAUAUGUUGAGAUGUGAAUGAUUCAACAAAGGAACCAUGGCUUUGACUACAGCACAACUAUUUAUUGGCAAUAAUAUUUCAGUAUCUUAUACUUGAAAAAUGUAUUGUAGAUUUUUAGCACUAAAUAACUUUAUGUACAGCUUCUCUGGAAUUUAGUCAUAGGAAAUUUUAUUAACUCACCACAAGAAGAUUGCUCUCUUCAUUUUAAUUGUCUAAAAGCAAGAACUGUCAUAAAUUUUUUUGCAUUUAUGCAUUAAAAA